GAGAGAGCGAGCCCGCAUACCAGUGCCCGGGUAUCAGUUUUAGUGUCAUGGGGUAUUGGGUGUCCCAUGCCGCCAGCGACAGGUUGGUCCAGUCGGGCACCAGCACCUGCCCGCCCUCACGCCCUCCCGCCCUCACGCCCUCCGUCUGCCCGGGUUUUCGUCUGCCCCAAGAGUGCUGGCUUGAGACUCGUUCGUAACGUUCAGUGACUGCGUUCUGAUACGUUCAGUGGUUACGUUCUAUCACGGCGUUCUGUGUUUACGUUCUGAUACACUUUGCGUUUUGCUUGUUCUCCUACGUUCAAUAACUGCGUUAUGCGACGUUCAGGGAUUACGUUCUAUGACUGCGUUUUGUGACUACGUUCAGCUAUGUUCUAUUACGUUCAGUGACUGCGUUCUGCUACGUUAAUUGGCUACGUUCAAUGACUACGUUCUCCUGCGGUCUGUGACUACGUUCAGUGACUACGUUCUCCUGCGGUCUGUGACUACGUUCAGUGACUACGUUCCGCUACACUACUUCGCUCUUUUGUGUUUUGCUACGUUUAGUGACAGCGUUCUGUUACGUUCAACGACUACGUUCAGCAACGUUCUGUGCCUUCGUUCUCUGAAAGAUAUCAGAUCAACCACAUGCUUUUCGCAAUCAAUUAACCUAUGCUGAUAUCGCCUUCUCUAUAACAUGGACUCUCGAGAAACAAGAAGAAACUCCAUGGUGUAGGUUUCAAGGUCAUGUCCUCAGUAAUGUUGUAUGUAAUGAAACGCAUCGCAAGCUUAUUUUGGGCGUCGAAAUAAUCAUUUGCUGAGUUUGUCAUCGCUCCUAGAUGAUCGGAUUCACUCAGCUUGAGAAGGAGCUUUGCACGACAUGUCUUCACGAUUCCUCGUUCUCCUUUUGGUUUCGGGUGUGAUGGUGGAAAGUGCUCCUGGUGACAGCACUCCUUUUCCUGAUGACUUAUUCAACCUAGAUGACUACGAUGAACUGUAUUAUGAUGGGAUGUAUGAUAACUACGAUUAUAAUUAUAGCCUGGAUGAUGGUGAUAACGAAGAGGCGUAUCAGGAUAUCGCCAACUUGGUUCCAUCUGUGAAUGCCACGUCCCAGCCAACCGUUCUUGACAGCCAGCCACCUCCUGCCACGGCUGACUCCGAACACAGCACAGCUUCUCCGGGACGAGAGGCUUUUAAUGACUCCCAGCCAACCGACCACGAGGAACUUGAUGAUAUCAUUUCGAAACUGUUAUUCUUUGGGCCUCAGCCUGUUCCGACGGAGUCACAAAGUCACUUCCGCGGAGACCUACCUCCUUCUUUGGAUUCUGAGGAAGAUGUGAGCGACUCUAGCGACCUACAGUUCACUCUCCCGUUGGAUGAUCAUUCUCAGCAUAAUGUUAGCGAUCCAGCAGAGGGAGGUCAGUUGGAAGAAAGGACGCAGGAGGAAAGUCCGAGUGGUACUUGGCCUCUGACACCUGUAUUCCUCUCGUUACCUGAGGUGGAAGGAGAGAUUGAGGAUUCCGGGUCCCUCAACAUAACGGAUGAUGCGGAUUAUGGUGAUGACGAUGGGGAUAUGGAGACAGCGACGGAAUUCACUACAGGUGUAGAAACAACCCCGAGCUUAACAAAUCUGGUCACAGUGCAAACGCCAGUGCCUGAAACCACGAACAGUUGGACUUGGUUCUACAUCAUCCUGUCUGGCAAGUGCCUACGUGUAAAUUUUAACGACGGUGCUGAUCUUAUUUCUGAUUUCAUAGCCUCGUUUUCUUCACUCCUACUCUACGACAGGGAAUAUAUAGUUGUUGAUUCUAUGUCUUGUUCAAACGACAAACUGGCAGUGAACAUGUCAGUCGAUUCGAAUAUCUAUCCCAACUGCGAGAAUGACCUGGGGACACUGCUCUCGCACAGGAACAUCAGGAUCAAACUGCACAACACUUCUUUUUACAUGGAAUCCUUCGAGACAAAGAGGUCGCUAAUCUUUGAGACGAAACCGGAGAAGAAGGAGGAUAAGCCGGACAUUCUCCUCUUCACUCUUAUAGCUGUCGGCAUCUCGCUACUCUGCCUCUUGAUCGCCGGUUUGGUCUACGCAGUGUACCAGUGUACCAGGGCCAAGACUCCUCCAUCUGACCCGGUCAAGUACGUGCCGGAAUCACCUCGUAGCCUGAGACCGAAGUUCGAGACGGAGCAAGGGAUCAAGGCGUCCGAGAAGCGUCCUCACGGGGUCAACAUGUACAGGAGUUACAGUGACCUUAGUGCCCCUGACCUCUACAGUCAUCUUGGGUCUUUUGACUCGACCGGGAGUGCCAGAAGCGAAAUGUCGGCGGUGCCCACAGCCCAUCUGAAGAUUUCACUGGAAAAGAAGAAGAAGAAGGAGAAGAAGAAGAAGAAGAAGAAGAAGGAUUGCGAUGAUAGUGGCCUCAGCGACAUUGCGGGUUACGAGGAAAUGUGGACGGAGAGUCUGACGGAGACCAGCGAGGAGUUCAUGACGAUCCGGAACCUUGAACACCAAGGCUUCGACGUUCAAGACUGAGAUCAAGGAAUCGGAGAAGGACAGCCUGGAUCCCCUCCUGAGAAACAUACACGACAACAGCUCUCAGGAGAAGGAUAACAAGUCGGUGCCCCCCAUAGACAGCACCGAGUCGUCAACCAACUGUCCCUCCCCUUCAGUGGGCAAGAAAGGUGUCCUCAAGAGCUUGGACGACCUCAUCUCCAGUAGCAACCCAGACAUCAAUUCCUACAGUGCUUAUUCCGCCACAUACUCCAACACGACCAUCAACAUCUCCAGCGCCUCGUCGGCUAUUUUCUCCACGACGAACACCUCCUCCUACGCUCCAACAGACUCCUCCCCCAUGACCUACACAUCCACCAACACCUCCUCCUUCGGCACGACGGAAGGAAAGCCCUCUUCCUCAGCUACCAGUGCCUCUGCGGAGAACCUUUGUCUAACACGCAUAACGUUCAUGGGUAUGGAAAACCCCUCGUUUAGGAUAGAGACAGAUAUGUGACUCACAAAACAUUAUUUCCAACUUGAUUGCUUACUGAAUCAUAUCUCAUAGGCACAGAGAUGCUCAGAUCAUAUUGAUAUAUCUCUUUUUUAUGUAAAAUGAUUCACUGAUGCUUUGUGACUAGUGCAGUGUUUAGAAGCCACCCCAUUACCGCUCACUCAAAAGAUUUCUUUGGUUGUGUAAUACAGUCUAAAAAUUCUCCGCCAGAGAUGUGUGUAUGGCCGCAUCAGACGGAACUUCUCUUUUCCUCUAACAAAAACUCUCCGACUGGUAUGUCUCAGAAAUAGAAAGUUGGAAUUCACUAGCCCGCGUUAUGGACAACGUUAUAGAACUGCACUUUGCUUUAGAGAAUACUUAAGACAUGGCCUGUUGGGCUUUGAGCAACUUUGAACAAAUGUAAGAGGUGGAUGAAUAAUCCUACAUGGAAAGACGUAGAUUUUGAAUAUCUUUACUAGAAGUAGACACACAAACGCACUCACUUAAUACACAUGGUUGCACGUCCACACUUAAUCAUGCAAUAUCAAACGGAAGGUAGAUAUAUUGCAUUGUGGAUUUUUUUUAUACGGUCUCCUGCCGUUGCAAUGCUUUGUUGUGGAUAGAGAUUUACAAAAUUAGCAUAGUCUGUGAAUGAGGUUUAGUACAUAGGGGAAGUAUAGUUAGAAACUUGUAUGAAGCUAUCAUUGCCCUUAUUACUAUUCUUCUUGUUUUUAUUAUUAUUGUUAUUUAUGUUAUUAUCAGUAUUAUCAAUGCUAUUUCUAUCCUUGCAUCAUGAUCGUUAUUUUUCUCAUUAUCAACAUCAUUAUCAUUAUCACUGGCUUAAACAUUAUUUUCAACAUUAUUGUCAUUGUCAUUGUUGUUAACAUUAUUAUCAUUAUCACUAUUACAUGUCUUUUAAGAAUAUAUUUAUUGCAAGGAUGAUAUGUUAUAAUUAUUGUGUUAUUGCUGUAUUCCCUCUGGCAUGAUAGCCUUUCCCAGUCAAGAAAAUGGUAAUGUAGAUUAUAAUAUCAUACAGCAGC